GAAGAUCCUCCUCGCCCGCUUCCUCCCGGAGAAAGUCGCUUCAGCCAGUGCCGUCGGACCUGUCAGCAAUCCGCUGGCUCUGCGGCACGAAAGGUUACAGGGCACCAUCUCCAAGUACGUUAUGAGCAGUGGCACAGGCUUUGUCAAGAGCCAUUUGUUUGAAGGUGAGCUCGGCUUCAAGACCGAGAAUGUGAUGUUGGAGUGCCAAAACUAUGAGUUCAAAGAGGAGGAAGGUGUCGAAUUUGAUGUCCAGGCAGAUGAGAGAGGCAGGCCCCACGCUGUGGCUUUGAAGCCCGUAGUGGGACGGAAGCCGAGCGACUGCCUGAAUCAGAGGCACCGAGGCUAUGUACGCCGCUUUGCCGACAGAUGGGGGUUCCUCAAUGCAGCUGCCUUUGAUGGGGACUUGUUCGUGCACAGGGACAACCUGCUGCUGGUUCCUGACCAGAUCCAGGAUGGCCAGCCACCCCUUCGAACCGGCCAAGCGGUCGAAUUCGACAUUGCCCUGGACGACCGGGGGAGGACUGUCGCAAAACAGAUCACCACAAGCGCCCUCUUGAGGCCAUGCGAUUGGAUCGGCCGACGCCUCCAAGGCGUAAUUCGGUCUUUCCAAGGAGCUUGGGGCUUCGUGAACUCCGACAAGUUUGCAGGUGACCUCUUCGUGCAUCGCGAUGCUUUGCUCCAGCAGUUUCAAGAUGCGGAGUUGACAGCCGGCACUGUGGUGGAGUUCGAUGUGGAACGCGACCAUCACAAAAAGAGUGGUAAGAACAGAUUGGUUGCCAGACAGGUUGCAAUCAUCCAUCCCGCUUCAGUACAGGCAAGUGCAGCUCACGCAGCUCACGGCUUUGGCGGCUUCCAUGCAGGAUUGCCCGGUCAUGGCAUGAUUCCCCAGCAUGGAGUUGAUCCAAUGGCCUCAUAUGCCAAUGGAGUUCCUUACACGGCUGGCAUGGGCCAAACGCCUUCAUACCCACCGCAGACAUCCAUGUACUACCAAGGUGGACAUCCUCCAAUGUCUGACCAGUCAUAUGUUUUCGGACAGUCGCCAUAUUCAUACGACCCCUAUGCGGCCCAGCACAGCAUGAUGCAGCCAAAUCCCGCAGUGCAACAGCCAGUGAUGCCCACGCAGUUCGAUCAGUCCGGAGCAUCUCGUUACGGGCAAACGUCCGUUGCAGGUUCACAGCCUCCACAAGCACAGGCACCUUGCAGCCAGGCCGCCUCCAGCCCAUAUCAAUCGCCAUACCAGGUACCAUAUACCAGCCACACGGGCCACACGGCUCAACCUGGUCCCUCACCAGCUCAGCCUCCUGACAAUGCGGCAGACAGUAACGAGCAGGCACAAGUGCUGCUCCAUAUCACCACGCAUGAUUGGGAACCAGACCAACCAGGGCAGCUGCGCGUUCAAAAGGGAACCCUGGUGAACGUGUCCCACCGAGCAGCUCAUGGCUGGGUCUAUGCCGCGACCGUGAAGCAUGGGGAUCAAGCGAAUGAACCCCCAAGCGAAGGUUGGGUGCCACAGGCUGUGGCGAAGAGAGUGUCUCUUUGCAGAGUGGCCGCAGAUUGGCCGGAGGAGGGUGCUGGCACCUUGGGCCUGUUGAAGGGCGACCUCAUUGCAGUUUCCAAGGAAGCCGAGCGCGGCUGGGUCUAUGGUGAGAGAAUCAGUCCAAAGAGGCCGGAUACGAUGACAGACGGAUGGCUGCCGAAGAAGCGCUUCGCCAAGAGCCAGUGGCCCUGGGGAAGAGGUGCUGUGAGCCGCGGCAUCCGACGUGAAACACCUUUGCUCGACCCGACGGCAAUCUCGGAAGAGCAGCUAAAGCAGGAGGAGAAGGGGCGGAAAUGCUUCAGCUGGCUUUUGCUGCUGUCCUUCCUCUACAUCAGCGGGUGCUCUGUAUGGGUUGCCGUUUGUGUAGUGGCUUCAGACACCUUUGAUUUCUGGGGCCGCGUGCGAGCCUUCAUGAAAAUCAUGGUUGUGCUCAUUAUGCAGUUGGAGUCCAUUGCUGUGAAGAGCUUUGUGUUGGAGUUAUGUGCCGGUGAAGCCGUGCACUUGUCCCUGCACGAGCACCCGCUGUACUGGAAAGAUGUUGAGAACAAGGGCUACGCCCAAGGAGACAUCAUCACCGCACUGACCACUGGAUCGGAGCAGGACGUUGACCAUCGCCUGGCAGCUUUUGCAGUCAUUGUGGCAGCCCAGGCGUUGGCAGCAACGGCACUGAAUAUUGCUAGCCGGGGUCUCAGCACGCGCCUUUUCUCCUCGAUGUCCGUGAAGCUUUUCGCUGCGCUGCUAAAGCAAGAUAUUGCUUUCUACGACCACACGAUGACUGGGCAAAUGUGCGCCCGACUAACUAUGGACCUGGGUCAAGCCACGUCACCGGUGCACAUCAUCAUCCACGACUUUGCAUCGAACAUCGUGAUGCUCGCGGCCCUCACAAAUAUUCGCACAGUUCGGAUCUUUGGUGCGCGUGACAUUGAGCUUGAGAAGUUCGAAGUUCAGAUGCACAAAUACCGGGAUGUGGGUUUGAAAGUUGCUUGGGGUGAAGCAUGCGCCAACUUGUUGGCAUCGCUUGUGCAACAGGGGGCCUGUUUCACGAUCCUCUGGUACGGCGGUCACUUUGCCUUGAAGGAUGAGUUCGAAAUCGGAAGCAUCGUAACCUUCACAUACAUGUGGAAUCAGCUGAGUGGCUCCUUCGCUUCCUUGACCGACAACAUGAACGAGCCCAUUAAGGCAAUGAGCGCAGGUCAGCGAGUUUUUGAGCUUCUGGACUUAGAGCCAGACAUUCGCGAGGAAGAAGGGGAUGCUUUCCCGGAAUCCAAGAUAGCCAUCAACUUCAAGGACGUGGAGUUCCAGUACCAGGGUCGGCCUGGCAAGGUUUUGGCAGGAGUUUCUCUUGAAGUCGAAGCGGGGAAGACCACGGCCGUGGUGGGGAAGAGCGGCUCAGGGAAGUCGACGCUCAGCAAGCUCCUCCUUCGCCUCUACGACCCUCCAAAGGGUGAGAUCUCUGUGAAUGGAAGAAACCUCCAACACCUUCACCUCCUCGGUUACCGUGCCAACCUUGGGGUUGUCUCACAAGACACCCAGCUCUUCCGCUGCUCGGUAACAGAGAACAUCGCGUAUGGUCUGCGACCAACAGAAUACACCAUGCAGGACGUGGAGCGAGCAGCUUCGCUUGCCAACGCCGAGGAGUUCAUCCGCUGCCUGCCAGACGGUUACGGCACCAUUCUUGGCGAGAGCGGUCAGGAUCUUAGUGGCGGUCAGAAGCAGCGUCUCAGCAUUGCGAGAGCCCUGGUGCGUCGACCACGCAUUCUGCUCCUAGAUGAGGCCACCUCAGCCUUAGAUGCAGAAAACGAGGCAGUUGUUCAGCAAGCACUGGACUCACUCAUGCAGCAGAUGCAGGGUGCUUGCACCAUCCUAGUCAUAGCGCACCGGCUUUGCACCAUAAAGCAUGCUGAUCGAAUCAUCGUUUUGAGUGAUGGUGAGAUCGUGGAGGAGGGCACGCAUGAAGAGCUACUUCACAGAAAGGGCAACUAUGCGAGCAUGAUUGCCCGGCAGCUUGACGAAGUGGACGAAGGGCCGAAGACUGUAGAGUCGCCCGCAGAGCAAGCUGAGCAAGUGGUGAAUGAGUUCAAGCGACUCAUCAAGUCUCUUCCGCAGGAGCACCUCAGCAAGGUACUGAGCGAAGUGCUGAACAUUACCAAAGGCAUGAUGCCUUAA